UAUAAAUCUUGAGAAAAUUAAAGAAAGCAGAGAUUAUCACAGCCACUGAUAAGCCCUGAAGAUCACCAGAAAACCCUCACUUCUCCAUUGUUUUCGCCCUCAUCACACUUACACUCAUUCACGUGUCUCUUCUCUCACCAAAAUUCUUCCACGUUUAGUUUUUGCAAAUCACACUUAUGAUGAUAAUGAUGACAGAUUAGCAUGUGUUUAAGCUUUUUAAUUAAUUAAUUAUAAUUACUUUUACCCUUUUAGGCUUUAAUUUGUCAUCAAGUGCAAAAGUAAAUGACAUUGGUUAUCAGAGAAAGGAGGCACCAACAAGCUCUAAGGCUCUCUUUGCCGCAAAGAAACCCUCCUUCGUUAUCGUCGUCGUCGUCGUCAUCGUCGUCGUCGUCACCACUUCCACAUGCAUCAGUAUCGUUAUCAGGAUCUUCUUCAUCCUCCUCCUCGGUCGUAGUUAACCUCUCAGACCUCGAGAAGCUUGCGGUUCUUGGCCAUGGAAACGAUGGCAUAGUGUACAAGGUUCGACACAAGAAGAGUCAUUGCUUCUACGCAUUGAAAGUGAUACGCUCCAACUCGAUAAUCGGCAUUGAUGGCAGCCCUAACCACGUGGAGGCCGAGAUUCUGAAGAAGAUGGAUUCGCCGUACGUAGUGAAGUGCCAUGCGGUUUUCGACAACGGUUCUUGCAGUGAUAAUGGUGUAAGCUUUGUUAUGGAGUACAUGGGUGGAGGGUCGUUGUAUGAUAUCUUGAAACAUCAUCGUACACUGUCGGAGGAUGUGAUCUCUGAUGUUGCGAAGCGCGUGUUGGAAGGGCUUAACUAUUUGCAUGCCAUGCACGUUGUGCACAGAGACAUUAAGCCCUCGAACUUGCUCGUGAAUGAGAAGGGUGAGGUGAAGAUAGCGGAUUUUGGGGUGAGCCACGUGGUGGUGGAAGAGAAAGAGAGUAAUGGUGGUGGUGGUGAUUAUGAUCUUCAUCACUAUGGCAAUGCAGGCACGUGUGCAUACAUGAGUCCUGAAAGGAUUGAUCCUGAGAGUUGGAGAGGAGGUGGUGGUGAGGAUGGUUUUGCCGGCGAUGUUUGGUCGAUGGGGGUGGUGGUUUUGGAGUGCUUUCUGGGGCAUUUUCCGUUGAUCGGGGCGGAGCAGAGACCGGACUGGGCAACACUGAUGUGUGCCAUUUGCUUUGGGGAAAAGGUGGAGAUGCCAGAGACGGCGUCGCCGGAGUUCAAGAGCUUUGUACUGAGGUGUCUUGAGAAGGAUUGGAGGAAGAGGGCAACAGUGAAGGAGCUUCUUCAACACCCUUUUGUGAAUACAGGGUGCUGCAAUUUCAGUAGAAAAAGGCUUGGUGAUUAUGUUGUUCUUCAGGGGUGAAUGAUUUAGCAGAGUUUUGGUUUUAGAGUCAUCUGAUCUUUUUUAGUUUUAUUCUUAAUUAUAAGAUAGGUGAGAUGUGAACAUAGUACUCGGCUUUUGUGUUUAUGGUUUUGGAAAUACACUGGUUGGUGAACAUGGCAUACUGGAAAAAUAUCUGUUCCAUAUUCAUAGGGAAUUCAGUUUUAUUUCUUCAAGUCUGAACAUAAAC